UAGUUGUGAAUACAUUAUGAUGGAAGGGUCAUGAUCACUUGAUCAGUCCAACUCUAAUGUCACUGAACCUAAUUAUUAAGGUGGGGCACUUAAGGUGCAAAUUCAGUGCCCACGAUAAGCAUAUAGAAAUGCUCUUAUAAUAGCAUGGCUAUGUAUGAAGGUAAAUGAUUAUUUUCCUCUUGAAAAACGUUCCCAUCUUCCCCGUUGUCUUCCUGGAACAAAGUCACACUACCUAAGAAGCACACAAUUACGCCAUACAGGACAAGCCGAGACCCCAGUAGAUAAGAGUCAUAUAGAGCAUUGAGAGAGAGAGAGAGAAGAAAGAGAGAGACACAGAGAUUUGACAAAGAGCAAUGGGAUCUGAGACAGAACCAGAGCUUAGCUCCACACCAAGAUUACCAUUAUUCUUGAGCCCACAUGCACAUGCAUAUGUGCAGUCACCACAGAGAUCAGGGAUGCUAACCCCGCCACUCUAUGCCUCAGCUUCUGUCCCAUUUCGCUGGGAGGAAGAGCCUGGAAAGCCCAGCGGCUGCACUCCUCUCUCCAACCCCAUUGACUUUAGCCCCAAGUGCCUAGAGCUACCUCCAAGGUUGCUCUUGGAUGCCAAUGUUAACAAGCUGCUCUCGCCGACUACGGUCAUGAAGGGACCUUAUAUGGGCAAACAAAGAUUUCAGUCUUCUUCGUUUAGAAUGAUCAGAAGGGAGUGUUAUGGGUCCUUUCGUAGGAGUUGUAGUCCUGAGAGAGGUCAGCUUAGUACCAUGGUUCUUAGCAAGAGACGGCUGAAAGAUAGAGGACUUUUAGGUUCCUGGCGUUGGGGAAGGAGGGCCUUCACGGGUAAAAGAGAGGUUGGUGGGGCUAGCUAUGUCUUUCCGUCGUUCAUGGACAGAGAUGUCGAAGAUAGCAACAAAGAGGACGAGGGAAGUAACAAGAAUGCCAAGAUCACAAGGAUCAGAAGAUCAGGCAGCUGUUCCACGCGUACCAGGUCUCGUUUCUGGGGGACUAUUUAUGAGGGUUUGAAGCAGGUAAUUCCAUGGAGGAGCAAAAAACUAAAGAAAGAUGGGUUUGUUAUUUGACUUUUCUUUGGGGCACAAGACGACGCGUCUCAUUAAAUUACCUGGGAACCGCAAUGGUCCUGUCCUGUCUAUAUCUCGCAUUGGCGUUUUGUUGUCGCAUUUCUCGUCACUCACCACUACUUGGCUUACUGUUUUGGAGGGGCCAGUUGACUGUUGCUGCAUCCUUUAUCUAUGGAUGCAAUUUAUGGGAACCAACUGUUGAGUCUCUGACUCUCUGUAGCCACGUGGUUAGCUGGCUCUGCAAUAAAGAAUAAUGAGGUCAUGAGCAGCAAAAGCGUUUGUAGUGCUAGUAUGAUGGUUCAAUUCCUCGUAUACGUUCAAAGAUGAGGAUGAUUCGAUGAAUCCUCUUGUUUAAAUUGAAACAAUUAGUAAACGAGGCAAAAUUGAAUAUUUAUGAUCCAAAAAUUCCAGUUUUGAGCUGUUGCAGAAA